AUGUCGCUCCUCAGCCCCCUUUAUGACAUGCCCAACCAGUCUCUUGAGAAACAGAAGUACUACCAGAACUCCAGGAAGCCUUUAAUCUUGCGCGGUCCACGGGCACCCCUCUACGUUGGUGCUUACACCGCUCUCUUCGCCGUCGGGAUGGCCUCAACCCUUUACGCGUGUGCUGGAUUGGUGCUGGGAAAUAAGGCAGAGUAG